AAGAAAAAUCGAUUCUUUUAGCUAUCUCCAUGCUCAUAGUUCUUGAGUGAUUGGUGAUAGUCUUUUCGCGAAUCAUCUCUGGGUUCCAACGAGCUUGGCGUCGAUGGGAGAUCAUCAAGAAUUCGAGAAACCCAUCUUCGAAUUACACAACAGGAAGGCUCGAAGCUCUCGCAAGAGGAAGAAUCGUUUAGGAGAAUCGAUGAAUCAUCAUUACGAAGAGAUCUUUUGCUACUACGGAUUGAGGGAGAGCCCGAAGAAGAAGAGAACAACCCAGAAACCUCUGCGGAUUAAGAAGAAGCGUCUGGUUCGUUGCGGAGAAUGUGGCAAAGGGUUUCGAUAUGAGAAGUGCCUGAGGAAUCAUAGCGAAACUAUGCAUUCGUUAGAAGAGAAGAAGAAGAGCGAAUGUAUGAGAAGGGAUCUGUUGCGUUUCUUCAGCAGUGGUGGUGUGCAGAGGAGAAAGAGGUCGAAAAGAGUUUCCAGGUACAAGAAGAGUCUUCCUCCACUCUCUGUUUCGUCUUCUUCUUCUUCUUCUUCUGCGUUUGGGAAUGAUGGAGAACUGUUGGAAGUCGCUGAGUCUCUGAUUAUGUUGUCUAAGAGUGGUGAUGCUCUGUUUUCGAAGCUAGAGUUGAAUGAGAGAGAAUGUGAAGAUGGGUUUUUGGGUAAUGAGCAAAAGCUAGUUGGGUCUUUGAGUAAUGAGCUUAGACUUGUGGGGAUUAGAACUGAUUCUAAUGGAACAUCGAAAGAGCUUUUGGGUUUCUUGGGGGACAAGAAGGUAAUGAAAGAAGAUGAGGUAGGAGCAGAGAGUUUUGGGGAAGAAGUUAGAUUGGAGAGAGUGAGCUUGGACGAUACAGAGCAGAAACUUGGGGGUCAAGAAGCUGUGUUUGAAGUUUCAAAUUCAGCAAGUAAGGGUUUUCAGAUGAACAAUGAGCAUAGGUGCAGGCUCUGUGAGAGGGUUUUCUCGACGUAUCAAGCUCUCGGCGGUCAUCAGACGUUUCAUAGAAUGAAGAACAAUUAUGAAAAGUCAAAGCAUGAGAUGCAGAGAAGAGCCAGUAGAAGCUGAAGUUGAGAAUGACUCGGUGACAUUGACCUGGUGGAAUAUUGGAGCUGAGGUAGUGAAGAAGAAGGAAGAUAAGCUCUCCCUCACCUCACCCACUCUUUUUUCUGUAAUGGAGUUUUUGGAAUUUUGCAUUGAAACUCCAUUGUCGUUGUCUUGUAAAGUGUAACAUACGUAAAGACUAUACUUUUAGGUCUUUAGUUUUUAGAAGUUGUACAGUUUCAUUGUAGUCUUGCUAUGGUUUAGUGAUCAGUAAAAAAAAAAAAAAAAAGACUCGAGACUUUUUGGGGUUCCUUUCUUGUUUCUCAAGAAACUGAAGAAAUCAUUAUGCAUUAAGCUAAUCCUAAGAUCUAUUUGUAUUAAAA